AUGACAAGUCGCGCCGCUCUUGCGGCCCCAGCAUACGCCACGGCGGUCGGCGUCGCGUGCGUUUCUGUCAUCAAUAAUAGUACUAAAGUGGCUCAUAUUUGCACGAAUAAAGCCGCGCGUCGCGUAUACGAGGCGUCGCGAAAGCGGACCGUUACUAGUUUAGCGCCGUUUAGACUCGUCCGCGAGGAACGGAGAGGAUCAACGCGAUUGAUCGCAGCGGCAGCAGCCGACGGACCCGCAGCCUCUGCAGAUGUGACUGAAGCGGAUGUGAGUGAAGCGGAUGCUGCAGCGGUGGAGGCGGCGGCGUGGGAGAUUCUGGACGACUUUAACCGACGAGACGUGCGCGGCGAACCGCAGGUCUCCCUGGCAACCCCAGGGGGCAUUGCCGCCCUCAAGGCCUCUCUGCUGCUAGCCGCCAAGGCCGCACUACGAGACGAAACCGCCCGCCCGCUGCUUGGCAUCUGCUGCGGCAGUGUGGAGGAGGGCUUUGCCGCCCUCCGCCAGUACCUGCUGGCCCUCGGCUGUGCUGACCCCGUGAGUGCCGGUUACCCCAUUACCCUGUUACCCUGUUGUUACUGA